GUAAUCAAUCACUAAAAGUAAUAUUAAUAUAAGUCACUUAUGUACUAUUAAUCUCAUACUAGCUACUAGUAUAAAUAAUGCAAGUUUGUGACAAUGUAACUCAAACUAAGUCUUCAUUGCCCAUUUCAGCUUUCACUUCUAAACCACUCUUUGUUUUGUGGCCUUUUUGUUUUUCUCAAUCAUGAGAAAGACUUCGACUAUGCAAAGGCCACUUUUGGCUUUUUUACUUCUUGUCACCUUUUGUUAUGCUACUUCUGUUGUAGCAAGAAAUGAUCCUUCAGGGAAUGAAGUGAAAACAGAAGUGAAGCUUGUAAAUGAAGAGGUGACAAAGCCAAGCCAAGAAGGACACAAUGAAGAUGAAAAAUUCAAAGCAUUUUUCCAUCUAAAACAUAAAUUAAAAGGAUAUUUUCACCAAAAACCAAUAUUCAAGAAACCAAUUCCAUAUUAUAAGCCUAUUCACAAAGACAUUCCAAUUUAUAAGCCUAUACCAAAAUAUAUUCCAACCUAUAAGCCUAUCCACAAACCAAUCCCAUCAGUUGAGCAAGAAUCAUUUUUUAAGCAUAAGCAUUAUUUCUUCAAAAAGCCAAUUAUUCCUAUUGUUAAACCAAUUUACAAGCCAGUUCCAAAAGUUAUCCCAAUUUACAAGCCCAUUCCAGUUUACAAGCCUAUUCCAAAGGUGAUUCCAAUUUACAAGCCUAUUCCUAAGGUGGUUCCAAUUUACAAGCCAAUUCCAAAGGUGAUUCCAUAAUCUAUUGGAGAGGAAAAAUAAACAUAUCUCUAGUGUGCCAUAAAUGUUGUGUUUCAUAUAAAAUAGCUAUAACUUAACACAAUUUCAAUUGUGUUUGCAUAACUGUCUUAUUUUAUCUUGUGUCAUUGUUAUUUCAUUUGAGGAACUUAUCUUGUGUAUUAGUUAAUGUUUUCACCUUAAUAAAGUUUUCAGUUUGCCAA